UCAGCGUCGGCCGCCGAGCUCAUCACCUCCUCAGUGUUUAGAAUGAAGGUGAGCGGCAGCAGCGGCUCCGACUGUCGUUCCUCUGAUUUUAAACCCUGAAACCUCGGAGGAAACGUUGGCUGAACAAGAGAGGAGCCGGCAGUCGAAAAAAGGAUGGAGAGUCACGGGGAAAACGGGGUCCUCCGCUCCCGCUGUAGACCCGUGCCCAAGAUGCCCACCUUCCCCGACCCUGACGAGCCUUUGAACGGGCAGCUGAGUCCGGGAAAGCAGCAGCUGGAGAACCGGGAGACUCACAUCACCAGCAACGGGCGAAUUGAGGUGGAGCAUGUGAUCAGCAAAAAGCUGCAGCUAAAAAGGAAGGCAGAGUACCUGAAGAGUGACCUGAUGCGUCAGUUUGAGGGUCAGGUCAAUGACUUCAUGGACAGUCUUAUUGAAGAAUCAGCCAGUCUGGAGCCUGUGCCUGUCCCUGCUGUCUUCUCACCCCCACUGUCAGACAAGGAGAGGAGUAAACUCAGGCAUUUUCAUCCUCCUCACGGCCAGGGAAAGCUCUUCGUAAGUCGCAGGUCGCUCCUCGAUGAGCUGUUUGAGGUGAACCACAUCAGGACUAUCUACCACAUGUUCAUCGCUCUGCUCAUCCUCUUCAUCCUCAGCACUCUGGUGGUAGAUUUCAUUGAUGAAGGCAGACUGGUCUUGGACUUCGACCUGCUGGUCUACGCGUUCGGACAGUUUCCUCUGGUGGUGUGCACGUGGGUCUGCAUGUUCCUGUCUGCGCUGCUGGUUCCCUACAGCCUGUUCCACCUGUGGGCUCAGAGUCAGUCUCACAGCCACACCAGGAUGUACAGUCUGCUGUUUGGCUCCGUGUUCCUCCUCUACCAGGCUCUGGGUCUGGGAUUCCUGCCCACAUACGUGGCGGUGACCAACAGUGUGCCGCCUGCAUCCUGCUUCAUCAUCAUUCUGGAACAGGUCCGUCUGAUGAUGAAAGCUCACUCCUUUGUCCGGGAAAAUGUGCCAAGAGUCCAGACCUGGGCCAAAGACAAGACCAGCCCUGGACCAGUGGUUCCUCAGGUUUCUCAGUACCUUUACUUCCUGUUUGCACCCACACUAAUCUACAGAGACAAAUAUCCCAGGAACCCUGUGAUCCGAUGGGGCUACGUGGCCACAAAGCUGCUUCAGGUUCUCGGCUGUCUGUUUUACGCCUACUACGUGUUCGUGCGGCUCUGCAUCCCUCAGUUCCACAGCAUCAGUCUGCAGCUGUUUGAUCUGAGAGCCAUGGUCCUCUGUGUCUUCAACUCCAUCCUGCCUGGAGUGUUGGUUCUCUUCCUGGCAUUCUUCGCCUUCCUCCACUGUUGGCUCAACGCUUUCGCUGAGAUGCUUCGCUUUGCUGACCGGAUGUUCUACAAGGACUGGUGGAAUUCAACCUCUUUUGCCAACUACUAUCGCACGUGGAAUGUGGUGGUCCAUGACUGGCUGUAUUUCUACGUGUACCGGGACUUUCUGUGGGUCUCUCAGAAGCGUUUCCGACCGGCCGCCAUGCUGUUUGUGUUCACCGUGUCCGCCGUGGUCCACGAGUACAUUCUCGCCGUUUGCUUCGGCUUCUUCUACCCUGUGCUCUUCUGCCUCUUCAUGUGUUUUGGAAUGAUGUUCAACUUCGUUCUGCAUGACCAAAGGAAAGGUCCCAUCUGGAACAUCAUCAUGUGGACGUCUCUGUUCCUGGGUCAGGGGGUCAUCAUCUGUCUGUACUCUCAAGAGUGGUACGCUCAGCGCUACUGCCCCCUCAAAGAGCCUUCCUUCUUGGAGCUGCUGAAGCCUCGGUCCUGGAGCUGCCAGAGAGGCCUGAUGGGAAACUGACCAUCACACUGAACUGGACCUACUGGGAGGAUCAGUAGAACGUAGACCAGCCUUUCUGUCAAUGUCAUAACUUCUGUUUGUUUUAUUUUCUUGCACUAAGUGUACGGAUGUGUGGACGAGUAUCUGCCGAAAUGCCAAAAAAAACCCACAGCGAACCACAGCGAUGCCUUAAAUACCUUUUAAGUUUUCAAAGGCAAACCCCUCAACACAAUGAUUAGUUCACAUGUAAACACUGGUGAACUCCUAUUUUUUAUGUGCCAUUAUUUAUUUUUCCGCUGUUCCCCUUUGCCUGGAUCGACUGUGACACCGAGGCAGCUGAGUGCAAACAUGACACAAGACAAACACUGUUCACGUAUGCAGUAGCGGUUCAUAUUUAACGAAGGACAAUCCUGCUCAUCUCCACUGCCAAUAAGAUUCUUUUUGAGAAACCGACCACUGUUUGGUGUUGUGUAUAAAUCUGAGGAGCAGUGGUUUCUGUAUUAGGACUUUAAUCUGAACUUUUUUGCAUGUAUUGAGCCACAAGUUAAGAAGCAAUGCACUCAUUAAUUAUUAUUAUUAUAAUCUGAAAGUUAUGAGGUGAACAUAAGGGGAGUGUGAAAGGUGAAUGUGUUGUAUGAAGUUAAUUUAUUCGAUGACUGCUGGAUGUAUUCUUAAAGAUUCAACUCGGCUGGUUUGAACGUAUGUCGAGCAUCGCAGAGACGGAGAAAGAUGUCAUAUUUAGUUUAUAACCGACGCUGAGAGUCGUGUGUCUGAAUAACUACUACUGUAAAACCUGCAGCUGGCUGCUAGAAUGUUGUGAGACAAUGAUACUUGAUUAGCACUAAGGGCUACAGUUCACAUGGUCAGAUACUCAGUACAAUAAAUCAAAGUGUAUUUAAAUCGUGAAAGUUUAAACAACAGUAAUUUUGAUGUCACACUAAUGGAAGUCUGUGUUUAAUGUUCUUUUGUGGUCCUGAAUUCAUAUUUGUGUUAUUUUUGAGGAAGUGAAUGCUCAGUUAAUGUUGCCAAUUCUGACAUAUUUCAGUGCAGGGAGACCAUGAUGAUGUUUGUGACUGAUGAGAUAAACAAUAUAAAGUGAAAACCAGCAACUCAGAAUGUCAUAAAACUGGAUGACCACAUGGUGGCGCUGUAUUAAGCUUUUAAUUUUAUUCACAAAAAAAUAACAUAUUUCAAAUAAUCUGUCAAUAUGCACAACUAAUAGCAAGAAUAUUGGAAAUUUAAACUCCUAAACUCCACAUUUGAAGUUUAGAUCCUGAUUUGUCUUUAGAUGUUUAUAAAAUAAAGACAGUAUUUAUAACAGUAUAGUCAGAUGAAGUUUAUAUUCAGAUGAGAGCUUGGCUCACUUAUUUUUUCCUGGCACUGACUGGGUUAUUGUGUUUGGUGACAUUUUUACCAAUCACUGGCAAUUUUCAAAUUCUUGAUAGAAUCCCAGAACAUCAGAUUUGAAGAACUAUCAAGGACAAAGAAAAAUGUAUUCCCAUCACUUUGUUACAAGUUGAUGCAUUAAAAGAGAGUUUAUUGUUGUUCAAAUGACAAAAAUACACGCUAUUCACAACAGUAUUUUCCAGGUCACACUAAUGGAAUAAGGUGUUUGAUGUGCUUUUGCUGAAUUUGUGUUCUUGAAAUAAUGUUUGUGUUAUUUUUGAGGAAAUUAAUGCUCAGUCAGCGUUGCCAAUUCUGACAUAUUUCAGUGCAGGGAGACCAUGAUGAUGCACAAUGUAAAGAAAAACCAGCAACUCAACACGUCAUAAAACUGGAUGACCACAUGGUGGCGCUGUAUUAAAGCCUUUGAUUUUGUUCUCCAA